UGAGGAAGUUCAUGAUCUGGAGAUGCGCUUGUUGCAUCUCCACAGAAGAGCAACCGGAGAUCAGUUUUCACAAGAAUUGGGAUUAUCCAUGGGAAAUAUACUCUCUUAAGGAGCUACUUCAUGCAACAAACAACUUUCAUCAGGAUAACAAGAUUGGCGAAGGUGGGUUCGGAAGUGUUUAUUGGGGUCGAACAAGUAAAGGCGUCGAGAUUGCUGUGAAACGACUAAAGGCAAUGAGUGCAAAGGCAGAGAUGGAGUUUGCUGUGGAAGUUGAAAUUCUUGGAAGGGUGAGGCAUAAGAAUCUCUUGGGUUUGAGGGGAUUUUAUGCUGGUGGGGAGGAGAGGCUGAUUGUCUAUGAUUACAUGCCUAAUCAUAGCUUGAUUGCUCAUUUGCAUGGCCAACUCGCUGAUGAUUGUCUGCUAGAUUGGCCCCGGAGAAUGAGCGUAGCCAUUGGAUCAGCAGAAGGUUUAGCGUACUUGCACCACGAGGCCAAUCCUCAUAUUAUUCAUCGAGACAUAAAGGCAAGCAAUGUCCUAUUAGACACUGAAUUUGAAGCAAAAGUUGCUGAUUUCGGUUUUGCAAAGCUGAUACCAGAAGGUGUUUCUCAUAUGACAACUAGAGUGAAAGGAACCCUAGGAUAUUUGGCUCCUGAAUAUGCCAUGUGGGGGAAGGUCUCCGAGAGCUGCGAUGUCUACAGUUUUGGGAUUUUACUCCUAGAAAUUAUCAGUGCGAAAAAGCCAUUAGAAAAACUCCCCGGUGGAGUCAAGCGUGAUAUUGUGCAAUGGGUCACGCCAUACGUCCAAGAGGGUGCUCUAAAUCAUAUUGCUGACCCGAGGUUGAAGGGUAAGUUCGAUGGAGAGCAACUCAAGUUGGCGGUCAUGAUUGCGCUGAGAUGCACAAACAACAACCCUGACAAUCGGCCGAGCAUGAUCGACGUGGUCGAGUGGCUCACAGGUGGUGUUGGGAGGAGGAUGAAAGAGGUACAUAAUUAUAAUGAUCAUGUAAAAGACAUGGUUAAUGAAGAAGAAGAUGAAGAAAAUAAAAGUAAUAUUACUUAUAUGGAUCAUGCAGACUUUGGAAAGGAACCAUCUGACGUGAGAACCACAUGGGCCAAACCUACUUUUCUUUUGUGA